GGCGUGAUAUAGUCGCGCGGGAGCCGGGAAGGUGUACGGGAUUCAGUUAUGGAGAGCUCUACCUUGCCAAAGCAAAUUCGAGAAACGAAAGUUUUAGUUUUAUACACAGGCGGAACGAUUGGAAUGAAGAAAACAGAUGGAGGAUAUCAGCCGAAAUCUGGCCACCUUCAGACGCAAAUAAAGAGACUUCCUAUGUUGUAUGAUGAGGAUUAUACAAAGAUUGAACCAAAAGGAAGUCUUAAGUCUUUCAGCUGUGACAACGCUGCCAGUACUUCACAGCUAGAAGAGUUAGCAAUGCCCAUAUCAGCUCAUGGAGUGCGAGUAUUAUAUUACAUCAAAGAAUACUUUCCCCUCAAAGACUCAUCAAACAUGACGAUUGGAGACUGGGUGGAAAUUGCACUUGAUAUUAAAGACAAUUACAGUAGAUAUGAUGGGUUUGUGGUAAUACAUGGAACAGAUACAAUGGCCUACAGUGUUUCUGCUUUGUCAUUUAUGCUGGAAAACCUUGGGAAAUCUGUGAUCUUCACUGGUUCACAGGUUCCAAUUUAUGAGCAGAGAAAUGAUGGUCGUGACAACCUGUUAGGUGCAUUGGUCAUUGCUGGUCACUACAUUAUUCCUGAGGUUACUCUGUUUUUUGCCGGAUAUUUAUAUCGGGGUAACCAUUCCACCAAAGUGAGUGCUGGGAGCUUUGAUGCCUUUGCCUCCCCAAAUCUUCCUCCCCUGGUAACCAUGAAGGUGAACAUUGAAGUGCAGUGGGAUGCAAUAUUCCGUUCAAACAGUGUUAACAAGUUCACAGUUUGUUCUAACAUGAAUCCCAACAUUGGACUGCUUAGGCUCUUUCCAGGGAUUACAUCUGAAACUGUGCAAGCAUUUUUAAAACCACCCAUGCUGGGUGUGGUCCUGCAGACGUAUGGGUGUGGAAAUGCACCUAACAACCGUGAGGACAUUAUUUCUGAGAUAAAGAAAGCUACUCGCCGAGGUGUAUUAAUUGUCAACUGCACACAGUGUCUCCAUGGUCCUGUGGUUGAUCAAUAUGCCACAGGAAAGUGCUCAUGAGCUGUGCUACAAGUGCUGGGAAUGUGAGGACAAUGGAAGAACUUCUUAAUCAGGGUGCUGAUGUAAAUGCCACUACGGACUACGAUGGUAGGACUCCUCUUCAUAUCGCAUGUGUAGAAGGCAACACGGAAGCGGUCGAAUUUCUCCUGGCAAAAGGCGCAAUUACGCAAGUGCGAGACAGAUUUAAAUGCUCCCCUCUGGACGAUGCCAUUAAAUUCCGGCACAAAGAGAUCGUUAAAACGCUUCGGAAAGCUGGUGCUCAGUUGAUGAAAUCUUCUAUGGAGACAGCGGUUGAACUUUGUCGCUUGGCUGCGAAAAAUCGAGUGGAUGACUUACUCGUGUGGCAAUUCGCGGGAGCGGAUUUUAAUGCGAGUGAUUACGAUAAAAGAACGCCUCUCCAUGUGGCCGUUUGCCGUAACAACGUAGAGACUGUUGCCUUCUUGCUGGAGCAUGGUGUAAACCCGUACCUCCGUGAUGUUUUUGGCAGCACUCCCAUGGACAAUGCCAAGUCGUAUGAAUUGCACAAUAUUAUCGAUAUGUUAGACGGAUACUGCGGAUUAAAGAAGUUUAAUGUUCUCUCUCUAACUGAAUCAUCUUGAAUAAUUAUUUUAACAUGUUUUUUUUGUUUGUUUGUUUUUUUUAAUAUGGGAAAACAGCCUGUUCCAAGCUUUCAGUAAGUAGCGGCUGAGUGAAAAAAACCAGGGAGGCCUGGGUCAAGUCGCCGGAGAACGCUAUUACGCGAACCGACCAAAGUCUCCCUCGUUCUUUAACACUUAUCCGUUACUAUCGCCUCGUUUCGCUUCGUUUUACCAGCUGAACACCUGGAACAGGAUAAUGGACCGAUAGAAUUAAAGUAAUUUUUUUUUUUGAACUAGGAAUGUGUUAAAAUCAGUUAAAGGGAUCGUAGUACAAGUGAGACAGCCAGAAGGCUAUGUUUUCAAUUGAAGAAAAAUACGCGCAAGUGACUUAACAUUUUAUUUAGGAAGGAAUGCAAGGUAGCCGACUUUUACUUCUUACGCGAUUGGCAAAGCAGCAAAAACGAUCGAAAACUAGUUGUCGGCAACGAGAUGUUGAAAACGACUUUCGGUAACAGCCACUAAAAAACACCUGAAUGAUUUUUUUCUUUGCGAUACUCAUUCGAAAAUUACUCUUUGGCUGGCAAUAUUGGGAAAAUUAUUUUAAGGUCAUUUUAAAAGCUGUUAUUUAUUGGAGGGAUAACUGAGCUCAAGAUUUGGGUUUCGCCAUUUAAGAUAUGACGAUGUUAUUUAUUUUGUAUAUAUUUUGUAUAUAUUUAUAAUAUAUCCAAAACAAACAAAAGCGUGAGGGGAAGGGGGCUGGAUGCGCUCAGAUAAAUAUUAUUUGUAAAAAUUAUCAAGUUAGUUAUUCACAUUUUGAGGGAGUAUUAUAUGUUAGUGUUCGUGUUCAUGCAAACGCCAAUCGCAUUUUUGUUUGUUUGUUUAAUGGGAUAAAAAAAACCUAAAGGCGAGGAUUGUAUUUUUGUAAAGAAUAAGCUAAAUAAAGGAAACUUAUGGGUAACUAUG